AGUUACAUUUUACAGUGUUGAUUACAUUUUAAAUGUGAACAUGUUACGAUCCAGAAGGUGGCAGCAAUGAAAUGCAUCUUUGUCCCAAACUCCAUGAAAGAAGAAGAAAGUUGCUCUGAGACAAACAGGAAACAUUUUUAUCCUCUGUUCACUUUUGACUGAGAGGAGACACACUGAAAGACAAGAGUUACUUUCUUUACAAAGUGGUGACUUCAACUGAGAGAGGACAGAUACAGUUUCACUCAGAGAAGACAUGGCUUCCAGAUCAGAGGAGGAUCUCUGCUGUCCGAUCUGUCAGGACAUCUUUAGGGAUCCUGUUGUCCUGUCAUGCAGCCACAGCUUCUGUAAGGGCUGCCUGAAUAGUUGGUGGACAGACAAACCAACACGUGAGUGUCCAGUUUGUAAGACAAGAUCUUCCAAAAGUCAACCACCUGUUAGUCUGGUGAUAAAGAACCUGUGUGAGGCCUUUAUACAGGAGAGAGACCAGAGAGCAUCAGCAGAGUCUGAGUCUGUCUGCAGUCAACACGGUGAGAAACUCAAACUCUUCUGUCUGAUACAUCAGCAGCCAGUGUGUCUCGUCUGCCGAGACUCAAAAACACACAAGAGCCACAGAUUCAGUCCCAUCGAUGAAGCUGCACAGGAUCACAAAGAGAAGCUCCAGAAAUCCCUGAAGCCCUUACAGGACAAACUGAAGGUCUUCAAAGAAAUUAAAGGAAACUUCGAUCAAACAGCAGAACAUAUUAAAGUCCAGGCUAAACGCACAGAGAAUCAGAUCAAAGAGCAGUUUAAGAAGCUUCAUCAGUUUCUACAAGAGGAAGAGGAGGCCAGGAUCACUGCUCUGAGGGAGGAAGAGGAGCAGAAGAGUCAGAUGAUGAAGGAGCAAACUGAGCCUCUGAUAUCAGAGAUAGCAACUCUGUCAGACACAAUCAAAUCCAUAGAGGAGGAACUGAGAGCUGAAGACGUCUCAUUCCUGCAGAACUACAAGGCUGCAGUGAAAAGACUCCAGCAGCGCCCCCUGCUGGAUGAUCCACAGCUGGACUCAGGAGCUCUGAUAGACGUGGCCAAACACCUGGGCAACCUGACCUUCAACAUCUGGAACAAGAUGAAGGAGAUGGUCUCCUACACUCCUGUGAUUCUGGAUCCAAACACGGCCGAACUUGAACUCUUCAUCUCUGAAGAUCUGACCAGCGUGAGAAGUGGAACAGAGGAACAGAAGCUUCCUGAUAACCCGGAGAGGUUUGACUACUCUUGCAUGGUCCUCGGCUCUGAGGGACUCGGCUCAGGGACUCACAGCUGGGUUGUCGAGGUUGGAGACAGUACAGACUGGGAAGUGGGUGUGAUAUCGCCAUCUGUCCCUAGAAAAGGAUACAUAGAGUCUGGAUUAUGGGGAGUUGGGUUUAAUGAAGGUCACUACUUUACAUGCUCUCGACCCGCUCCAGACUCUGGUCUCCUAGUACAAAAGAAGCCCCAGAGGAUCAGAGUUCACCUGGACUGGGACGGAGGACAGCUGUCGUUCUCUGAUCCUGACACUGACACACACAUACACACCUUCACACACACCUUCACCGAGAGGAUGUUUCCAUACAUUUACUCCGAUGAAGAAGUGAAGAUAUUACCACUGAAAGUGUGUGUGUCACACCAGCAGGUCUGACAGAGAGCGUGUGUGUCGAGGAUGAUACGUGUAAAGAACCGGAUGAAGUGCUGAGGUUUUCUCACCCUCGUCACGCUGGGUGCUAUUAAAGGCCAUAAAAACUGCGAAUCAAAUAAAUUCGUCUCGGACUAAAAAUAUCCUUUUCAGGCUUUUCUUUCACGGUUCAGGAAGCGGCUGUCAGACGGUCAGCAGGGUGACGUAACUGCUCAGGAACGCUGGCCGACAAACCGCAGGAAUAACUCACAUUCCUGCUGGGAGUAGGUCAGCACACACACACACACACGCACACACACACACACACAGUUCAUCAACAGAGGUUUAUGAUCUUUGUUUUAGGACUAAUUUAUAAUUUUCCCUGACUUUUACAUAAGAGCUCCGACUCGAAGCUGUUAAGACGUUUUGCUCCAGCUGGAUGGAUUCAGUUCAGGGUGAACCUGAAACUGAGUCAGCUGAUUGAUUUAGCUGAAACCUGCAGUUGUAAAGUUAAAUAAAUACUUUUUGAUCUGAAUGAAUCUUUAAUGCAACUUGGUUCUAUUUAACUUAAUCUCUCCAAGGUUGAUCUGUUUAUUACUCUCCAAAAUUAACAAAGAAGCGGUAGUUUAGUUACUGUAACUAUUGAGUAUUGACUUGGGUAAAACGACAGAAUACUGCAAUGCAAAAAUACUUCAAAGUGUGUAAUAAUUAAGAAAAUGUGUCAUGUACGUAACAUUAGUGAAUAUACAUUUACAUAUUAAACUUGUAUCUGAUCAGUGAGUGUGACUGAUCACUCUCUAAAUAAUGAAGACAACAGGUUAGUUCAAUCAGAGGUAACUUUUAAUUCCAACCAAUCGGCUUUCAAAACACAAUCAGCAGAAAAAUCUCUUAACUUCCUCCAAUCUGUGAUGAAUUUACAACAUCAACUGGUGUCAGAUUAUCAUUAAUCCCUGCAGGUGAGGAUACAAUCACUUCAAAACUUUUAAUAUCAAACUCCAUGACUGCUGAAAAUAUGUCUUAAUAUGUCAAAUCACUGAUCGUUAUCUUCAAAUCACAAUUACUGCACACUGUUUUGAAUUCAUAGUGGACUUUAACAUUUAAUCUGUGACUCCUCAUCGUGAAUGUUGAACAAUAUCAAUUCUGAACACAGAAUAUGAGCUGUUUCAGUUUAAUAGACCUACAGGCAGCUGCUCAAGAAGGUCCUGAAUGUGUCAAUCUGACAGUUUAUGUUUGUUUUUUUUUCUUAAUUUCUGCACAUUAAAUAAUAAAAAAAAUAUAUGUUGGCGAAUUUCCUUGUGAGCACUCUAUUAUUUUUAGAAAUCCUUGUUUAUCAUCUUAACCUAACAAAAUAUUAUCUCAAUAUGUCAUAUCCACAGUUUCACCUCACGACUACGCUAGGCUAGGCUAGCAGUUUCCCCUACUUCCAGUUUUUGUGCUAUGCUAGGCUAAACACGUAUUGAACAAAAAUUACCAUCAGUACUCAACUUGAUAAUGAUAUUGUUUAAUUCUGCUAUCUUGUCUGUCACAGAUGACACCAUAUUGAACAUAAUUGUUGUCUAUGCUACAGAUUUAGCUAAUCACAUCAAACUAAACUGCUAGCUAUAAUGUUGUCCUUGUUUCUAGGUUAAGAAUUAGCAUCUUGUGAGCUGCAAUAAAUUCAAAAAGCAACUUAAUUAUAAAAAAAAAA